AUGCAGCUUUUACAUUCGAUAAUCAACCACAAAAAGAACCUCGCCCUUGCCUUGGACGGUCCCCUGAUAUGGGGCGGCCCAGUCUGGGUCGAGGGCGUGCUUGACAUCCUCGCAGCGGCGACUACCGCCUACCUUGGGAUUCCCGAUUUCGACUCGUCUAGUCCAUUGGAGAGCUUAAAAGAGAACAUUGCGCGACUGUCUGCAGAACAGGGGGAUCAGGCAGGUCCUGAUGUGUCCGGCGGUCCGGGACGGAAGGGAUUAGCUGUGGGAGAGAGGUUGUCUGCCGCGCUUGAUGCUAUGCACGGGUCUGCGGAACCGUUGCUGGAUCGAAGGGUAUUAGAGGGCCUUAUCAGGACGAUCCGACGGAAUGGGAUGGUAAAAUCGACAUUAUGA